GGGCCCGGGCCGCGCCGCGCCAUGGCUUUUUACCGCACAGAGGAGCGCGGCCAGCCCCACUCUCCCGGUUACCGCCUCUUUUUCAAGAAUGUAGCUGGUCACUACAUUUCCCCCUUUCAUGAUAUUCCUCUGAAGGCGGACUCUGAAGAGGUAUUGUUUUAACUUGUUUGGGGCAUGAAAAUAUGUACUUCUUGUAUCACCAUAAAAUGCUUUUUGGAAGCAUCUUGAAAGGAAAGAAUGUGGUCGGAAGCUGAGAAGGGCAACAGAGUUAUCAUAACAGGAUUAUAAGCCUCCUUCGUGAAUUCGAAUUUGGAUAAGAAUAGGAUUCUUCCAGGAGGACUUGAGGAGAAAGAGAUGUUAGUAGUCGAUAAAGCUUAGAAUUUGGUCAGAAAUAAAGAUUUAAGGUAUAGAAUUUAAGAGGUUAACAAGAGGCUUAUUUUAAGUAGUAGUAACAGUAGUAGUAGAAGUAAUAACAUUUGUGAAUUAUUUUGUUUGCUAGCCACCAUGUGAACAUAUGACAUUUUAUUUAAUCCUUAUGAGUUGCUAUUAUCAUCUCUAAGGACACCGGAGCCGAAGGCAUGUUAUUGACUUGUCUAAGGUCAUGCAGCUGGUAAGUGCCAGAACCAGGUUUUGAACUAGCAUUUCUGACCACAGAGUUCAUGCUCUUUAACUACUCUACGAGACAGAUGCUAGAAAGAUAAAGUUGGGAAGAUUGUAGUCUUUGAAUAGUUAUUCUUUUAGAACCUAAAAUUACUUGACAGGUGUGAGGGUGGAAGGGAUGUAAGUCAGGUCAGAGGGAGAUCUGCUGCUGAAGGUGGAACUAAGAGGGGCUCGGAAUAUUGGAGCCUUCCGAGGACUCUCCUGACUAGCUGGCGAGAUGGCAUAAUUGGCAGUGGAUGUUAGUAGUCACCAUGACGUUGGAAGUUCUUUUCUUGAAAUCUGAGUAGUUACAACAAUUGGCUGACUUCAUCUGUUAAGUAAGUUAACCAGGACUAUGUUCCUGGUUGAGAUUAUAUGGGGCUAGUUAGUGGGGUGGAGUUUUCUAGAACUGUGGGGAGAUGAGUGUGAGGGCAGAGGCCAGUGAAGAAGUGGGAAGCUGCUUCAGAUGCAAGGCUGGUUUGACCUUUUUGGUGUUACCUCAGGGGCUGAAUUUCAGGCAUCAUCCAAAGGUUCUGGAACUCUGGAGUAGGACUUAUGCUGUCUUGCAGCCCUUCACAGGGCUGGACUGUCCAUAACAGUGGCAGCGGGGAGAAUAAUAGCAAAGAUUUAUUGAGUGUUUGUAGUGCUUAGGCAAGCACUGUGCCCAGAGCUUGACUUGCAUUAUUUCAAAAUGUGCCGGGCUACUAUUAUCAUCCUUAUUUUGUUAAUGAGGUUAAGUACCUUGCGCAUGGUCACAAAUCUAGUUUGCUGUGGAGGUGAGAUUUGAACUUAGGUGCUCUAACUCCACAGACUGUAUCUUUUUUUUUUUUUUUUAAACAUUUCUUCAGGCUUUAUUUUAAAUGAUAGCAGGUUUGAGGUCAAGAAGACAAUAGGUGAUGGUGACUUGAUAUAGUAAAAAAAAAAAAAAAGCAAAAGGAAAGGUAUUUUAUUCUAAACUAUUAUUUACAAACACAUUUAAAACUAUAGUCAUUUCCUAUAAUGUCUAUAGAAUUUUCUAUAAAUAAUUUUCCCAGAAAGAGCGAGGAAAAGAAUGCUCGGCAACAGGGGUACCCUUUUCUACAAAGCCUGUAUCUUAACUGCUCUUGUGUAAUUCUUCUAGCUCAUUACUUCCGAGGAGAAUUCAGCUACAGGACAAGGAGUCAUGUAAUCUGGAGAGAGAAAGAAACCAAUGAGAGGGCAGAAAGAACUCCACAGUACUGUGAAAAUGGCAUUCCUACAAAGAGAGCACGAAAUGAUGAAUAUGAGAAUUUGUUUAAUAUGGUUGUAGAAGUACCUCGGUGGACAAAUGCUAAAAUGGAGAUUGCCACGGAGGAGCCAUUGAAUCCCAUUAAGCAAGAUGUAAAGGAUGGCAAGCUUCGCUACGUGGCAAAUAUCUUUCCUCACAAGGGUUAUAUAUGGAAUUACGGUGCCCUCCCUCAGACUUGGGAAGAUCCCCAUCGAAAAGAUAAGAGCACAGACUGCUGUGGAGAUAAUGAUCCUAUUGAUGUUUGUGAAAUAGGCUCAAAGGUUCUUUCUCGUGGAGAUGUUGUUCAUGUGAAGAUCCUUGGAAUUUUGGCUCUUAUUGAUCAGGGUGAAACAGAUUGGAAAUUAAUUGCUAUCAAUGUGAAUGAUCCUGAAGCCUCGAAGUUUCAUGAUAUUGAAGAUGUUAAGAAGUACAAACCUGGUUACUUAGAAGCUACGCUUAAUUGGUUUAGAUUUUAUAAGAUACCAGAGGGAAAACCAGAAAACCAGUUUGCUUUUAAUGGAGAAUUCAAGAACAAGGCUUUUGCUCUUGAAGUUAUUAAAUCUACUCAUGAAUGUUGGAAAGCAUUGCUUAUGGAGAAGUGUGCUGGAGGGGCUAUAAAUUGCACAAAUGUGCAGGUAUGUGAUAGCCCUUUCCAUUGCUCUCAAGAGGAAGCAAGAUCAUUAGUUGAAUCGGUGUCAUUUUCACUGAAUAAAGGAAGUAAUGAAGAAGAUCAAGUAUGGCACUUCCUUGGCAAGUGAUGAGAACAUUUGAAGUUCUGCCAUCAGGAUUCCAGUCUCUAAAAACUCCAAGACUCCAUCUCCCCCAAGUGCUAGAAACAAGCAGAUCUAUGAGAAUUUGCUAACUUCCUUUUGAAACUUCUUUUUUUUUCUUCAAACUUUUUGAGAUAUGCAAAGUGUAAAUAAACAUUGAAAUUUUUGAA